CGCGAGCGGAGUUAGUGCGACAAGUCUAUGGGGAAACGCUAUUUUCGAACAUUUUAUCAAACAUCGAAUUGAAUAAAGGUCAGUGGCUCGGAAUGGGAAAGGAGAAGAAGCACAAAGAGCAUAAGCCUGAUAAGCGGGAACGUUAUGAAGAGGUGCCCGUGUCUCGGCCACCAAGCCUGAAGCUGGUGCUGAAGGUGGGCAGCUCGCCGGUGCCCGAGGGCGGCGACCCGCGCGUUCAGACACCGCCACCGUCCGUGGCGCCGCUCCGGCUCAGCAUGGCGGCCAUUAGCGAGGCCGAGACGCACCAUAAGGAGCGCCGCCAUAAAAAGAAGAAAAAGAAGGAGAAAGAAAAGCACAAACACAAGAAGGCGGAGCGGCGGCCGCAGGAGGAGCUGUCGCCGGCCGGCAUGGAGGACCAGAGCUCGGGCACCGAGGCGCCCAGCCAGGGCACCGCCUCGUCUCCGGAGCCGGCCGGCCCGGCUCCCCCGCUGGCCAUGGACGCUGACGAGGAGGCGCCGCCGCCGCCGGUGCAGCAGGAGCAGGAGCAGGAGGAAGAGGGCGCCGGGCGGCCGCCGCUGCGCCGCUUCCUCGAACACCUGCUGCGCGGCCUGCGCGAGAAGGACACGCGGGGCUUCUUCAGUGUGCCGGUUACUGAUGACGUAGCGCCAGGCUACUCGAGUAUCAUCGACACGCCCAUGGACUUCAGCACCAUCGCCGCCAAUGUGGAGGCCGGGCACUACGCCGGCCUGGCCGCUUUCAAGGAGGACUUUCGUUUGAUGUGCUGUAACGCCAUGACCUACAACCGCAUGGACACCAUCUACUACCGCACCGCCAAGCGACUGCUGCACAUCGGCUCCAAGAUGAUGAGCUCGGACAAGGUGAUCGCGCUGCGCUCCAUGCUGCCCUACAUGGCUGAUCUACCUCCUGACGUGCUGGGCGUGGAAGCAGACCUGCUGGACCGCGACCAGCAGCACCAGCAGCACCAACUGCAGCCGGACACCCAGCUGCAGCCGGACACUCUCCAGCAGCAGCAGCAGCAGCAGCAGCCGGACACUUCGCUGGCGGCCGACGAGCGUCGCUCCUCGGGGCCUGUGCGGGGGACGCGCACCACGCGGGCCGGCUCUGCACGGGAGCAGUACUGCAAGCCGGAGCCGACCCAGCGGCCCGAGCCUCAGUCGGCCCAGCCAGCGCAGCAAGCAAAGCCCGAACAGCUGGGUUUCCUGCGCCAGCGGAUAGAUGGCACCACGUCGCUAGCGAUCGUGACGCCAGUUGGCGGAGAGCGCGCCGAGCGUGUGCUGACGGUCGGCGCACUGGCCGGCCGCCUGCCGCAGGGUGCGCCCCAUCUGCCUCCCUACAGAGACGACAAACGCAACGUCGCUAAGCCCGUGAAGCCGUUGUACUACGGUGCGUACAGCUCGUUCGCGCCCAACUACGACUCGACGUUCGCCACGAUCAGCUACAGCGAGUCGGAGCUGCUGUUCGAGGCGUGCGGCGACGGUCAGACCAGACAGCUGGCGCACAGCGUGCGCCAGGCGGCCGACGACUGCGACGUGGCCGUGGAGAUGGUGGACAGCCUGCUGGACGCGCUGACGGACGGCCAGCACCGGCGCUCGGAGCAGCGCCGCCGUCUGGUCGAGCAGGACCAGGCCUUCGGGCAGCCGGCCGCCGCCGCCAGCGCCGGCCGCCCCGCCGUCGACUUCUCGGCCCUGCGCUCCCUCACUGACCUCGGAAUCGACGUCGGCUUUCUGGACCAGUUCGAGGCAGAGGAGCGGCGCCACCGCGACACGCAGGACCGCCUAGACCAGACCUCCGAGUUGCUGAGCUCGCUGAACGCCGUCCAGGUGCGGCGGCUGAGCCAGCCGCCCGAGGCGGCACCGCUGCCGCCCUCCCAGCACGAGGUCCAACUCGCCGACGACGUGGCGAGCAGUCUGGCGGAGCUGGUGCGGCGGGCGCCGCCCUGGGCGGCUGUGGCGUGA